UCCACCACCCACCCUACCCUUGAAUCUCAAACCGCAGCCCAACUUUCCCACGUGGUGCCGGUUACUCAACAUCAAAAGAUCUCAAAAUCAUGGAGAAACAGCUUAUGAUUGCUUCUGCUAGUGCUCUAAGUGCUUCAGCUUUGACAUUCAUAGCUUGCCGUUACCUUUCUAAACGUCGUGAAGCGAAGGAAAACGUUUACGAAACAGAGAAGUUGAUCGGCGAAUACCUUAUAUUCCAUUUUGGUAAACCUGAUGAGUUGUUACCGUAUGGAUUUGGCCCAACAGAAUCCCUCGAUUUUCCAAAACGGUGCGCUUUAGAAUGCAUAAAACAUACCGAGGAUAAUGUACCAAGUAUAGCACUUGACAUUGGCUGUGCUGUAGGUCGUUCUACUUUUGAACUUGCCAAGAGAUUUAAUCAAGUUGUGGGGAUCGAUUUCUCGCAUGGUUUUAUUGAUGCCUGCAAUAAGCUUAAGACAUAUGGAAAAUUACCCUUCACUGUACAGACAGAAGGAAGUCUUGUAUCGGAACAUGUAGCAGAAGUAGAUCCUGAGAUUGAUAGGAGUCAUGUAUCCUUUUUCCAAGGAGAUGCUUGUAACUUACCCAGUGAUCUUGGGCAGUUUGGAUGUGUUCUAGCUGCAAAUUUGGUUUGCCGUCUUCCAAAUCCAUAUCAGUUCUUGGACAGGCUCCCUUCUCUGGUCGCACCCGGUGGUAUUUUGGUCAUCACCUCACCCUAUUCUUGGUUGGAGGAGUUCACACCCAAGAAUCUUUGGCUUGGAGGCUACAAGGAUACUGAAGGGAAAGUUGUUACAGGAUUUGACAAGCUCAAGAGUUACCUUGGACCAAACUUUGAGUUGAUAGAAGAUAAACCCAUGUCUUUCUUUAUCAGGGAAACUGCACAUAAAAAUCAGUGGAGUGUGGCACACACAACAAUUUGGAAAAGACGGAAGUCAUCUUAACUCCAUACCUGGAAAUUUUUGUUGCCUUUAUGUUGUUGUGUUGCCUUUUGCUGCCGUGUGAAAAUGAGUCCUCAUGCAAAACCAUUCCUAUGAAAAUGUGUUUCCCCUUCAGGUUCAUUUCAUGCAAAUCAAACUCAUUUUCAUGUGAAGGGUUUUGCAUGAAAACUUGUUUCACCUUCUCUAUCAUGUACCCUUCACUUACUGUCAUUACACACAAGAUUUGUCACAUUUUAGUAGGAUGGCAAGAGUUUCAAAUUAAAGGUGGCAUUCAUUUUCAUUUUAUUGACAAAGCUUUGGCAAAAAAAUUAGACACCAAGCUAAUUUUCCUUUUGACAGUCAACUCGACAGUAUGACUCAUUUUAGAACUGUGCAAGUUCAAAGUCCUUCAUGCAUUUGUUAAGUUAUAUUUAGUGUGUUUUGAAUGAGGUUUGAUUUGUAUGCCAAGUUGUUUUUUUUGUGUGUGUGAUACAUUAGUGAUAAAUGAUAAAAUGCAAAAUAUGACUAAAAUUGGCACUUAAAUUGUCAAGUUGAUGAUAAUAUUAAAUUUAUAGCCUGUGUAGCAAUCAUUUCCGUACUUUCGAUUCCGGAGUUUCUUGCCUCUUAGUCCUGCCAAAAUUGGGGCAAGAACAAAAAACUGUUUGUAUAGGAAUAAUUCCUACCCAGGCUUAAUAUUACAAACUGGAACCUCCUGUAAGCGGACGUCGUAGCUAGGGGCAGAAAAAGGAUCCACAGGAGAGGUAUCCACUUGUGGAAGGUUAAGAAUCUUGUGUUUUAAUGUGGCUGGGACCUUGUUAAGGGUGCGUUUCUUUGGAGUGAUCUGGAUCCAGAUCAGUGAUUCAAGAUCACCCAGAUCAUGGUACAUCAAAGGAACCGAUUAAUCACAAUGGUCACGGAUUCAUCAGCUUCUCUGAUGCACCAUGAUCCAAGUGAUCUGAUCACUGAUCCUGAUCCAGAUCACCCCAAAGGAACGUGCCCUAAGUAUCUACAUAUGGAGAUGUUAUCUUUAUGGUGUGUACAGACAGUGAAGUCAAAAAGGGAAUGGUAUGUUAUUGUGUUAUGUAUAAAUUUUUAACUGUUGAUUACAAAGCUGUACCAAACAGAAUAAAAUGGUAUACUGAUGGUAGUUGAGUCAUUUUCAGGUUUAAUUACAGCCUAUAUUUCAAUGAACAUUUUAAACUGGUUUCAUCACUGCACAUUUUAGUUUCUAUUGGAUCAUUCAAUGUUGUUCAACACUAUUGUUACCUCUAUUUGACAGUUUUCAGCCAAAACUAGUCCUCAGUGUUUUCUAGGUUUGAAGGAAAAGGUCACUCAGUUAAGGAAGCAUUAAUUGUACUGCUGGGUGGAAAGAAGUACUUUGUAAAGUAUCAUUAUGCCUGGAAACACAUGGGGGCACAAUAAUUAGAAGGAAGGUCUUAUAACCGCUGCAAUAUAGGUGCAGCUAAGUACCUAUCAUCAAGUUUUGUUCCAUGAUUUACAGAAUAUCAUGUGAUGUGCGUUUUUAAAGAACAAGUUUUUUCGACGAGAUUUUACUCGUGGCACAGUUUGAGUCUGGCUGCCUACAUGUCUAAGGAAUUAAGACAAUGAAGACAGGCCAGUAUAUUGUGGUCAGUAUAUGGAGAUUCCACUUAGAGUAGGACAAUAGCGAUGGGAAGUCAAUCAAGCAGUAGAUUUGGCAUGGUUGAUAGCCCAUUGCGGACUCCCAUAUAAAAAGGACGUGGGUGCUUGUUGAACCUUUUAGGGGUUAAAAACGUGGUUUUGGUUCCUCUUAGAGUGUCAAGCCUCAAAAGGUCCACAGCAGGACCUUUUGCGGUACCUCUAAGGGUAUUAGGCUGAAAAAAUAUGACAGGAGAUGUGUUGUUUUAGAAUUGGUAUCUCUUAGGGGUGUAAAAAAUUCAAGCCACACCCACAAAACAAGAUCUUGGUACCUCUUAGGGGUUCUUUUCAAAACUUUUGGCUAGCACCCCCCUCCUCUUUAUAUGAGAGUCUCCCCGGGGUUGACAGUCCUGCAUGUGCUCCCACAGGAUCUGAAGAAGCUAC